UCCGAGCCGUCCCUGAACGCACCAGUCAGUGCUUCCUGAGUGGCGGAGGAAGAAGAGACGCGAAGAGACAGACGGAGGAAGAAAAAGAGACAGACGGAGGAAAAGAGGAGAAGAAGAAGAAGAAGAAGAAGAAGAACAAGAUGAAGGCUCGUCCCGACCUGCUCUUCAUCUCUCUCCUCUCUCUCCUCUCCCUGUUUCCCGCGGGCCUCGCUGAGAGGCAUUCCCUCACGUACAUCUACACGGCCUUCUCCAAACCUACCUCGCUUCCUGGGAUCCACGAGUUCACAGCCAUGGGUCUGGUGGACGACACGAUGAUCGACUACUUUGACUCUGACCUCAAACAGAAAGUUCCCAAACAGCCGUGGAUGGCGGAGCGAAUGGAUAAGAACUACUGGGAAAAAGGCACACAGUCCCGCCUGAGCAAGCAGACGUGGUUCCGUGUCAACAUCGGCAUCCUGAUGGAGCGACUGCGACAGAAUGACAAUGAUACCCACAUCCUUCAGUGGAUGCACGGCUGUGAGAGCAUCACGGAAAACGGCAUUGUGAAGUUCUAUGAAGGCAAAGACACAUACAGCUACGAUGGAGAGGACUUCAUGCAUUUUGACGAUAAGGACGGACUCUGGAUCAGCGCGCAUCCUACAGCACAAGUCACCAAGAGGAAGUGGGGGGUCCAGACACUGAAAGACUACACCAAAGGCUACCUGGAGAACGAGUGUCUGCGUUGGUUGACUCAGUUCGUGGAAAAUGGACGAAAGCAACAUCAAGCAGCUCCUCCACCUGACAUGUUCAUGUUUGCAAAGAAGUCCAAGACCGACAGCAACGUGAUCCUGACGUGCCUGGCCAGCGGGUUCCUCCAGAAAGACGCCGAGCUGAAGAUCAGAAGGAACGGCCGUCUUCUCGAUAAAGUGGAUGGAGUGAAGAGCUCCAAUGUUCGACCAAACAAUGACGACACCUACCAGACGAGACACAGUGUGGAGAUCUUAAAGACGGACGAGUCUGAAUACACCUGUGAGGUCAUUCAUGAGGGAUCCGGUUUAAGUGUCACGGUUACUUGGGAUCACAAACUUCCUGCCGAUGGUUCUGGACUCAUCAUGUAUGUUGUGGCUGCUCUUUCACUGGUCCUCAUCAUGAUCAUUGUGGUUGUAACCGUAUUGUUCUUACGUAAAAAAGGCAAAUGUGGCCGUACCAACAAAGAUCUCCUGGACAACGGAUGCAAGAAUUCCUCAGAAAACAAAGAUCUCCUGGACAACGGAUCCAAAGAGUCAGUAUCUACCAUCUCAAGAUCAGACUCUGGGUCAGGAUCUACCGGCUCAAGUGUCUCAAGUGUCUCAACUGACUCAACUGACUCUGGGUCAGGAUCUACCGGCUCAAGUGUCUCAAGUGUCUCAACUGACUCAACUGACUCUGGUGAAUCCAAGAAUCCCUCCGAAACGAAGCUCUGAUGGAGAAGUGAGAUCGUCUGGAUCGUCAAUAAACUUAGACUUAAUCAUAAGAAGAAGAAGAAUAAUCAUAACUUUUAUCCAUAUAGAACCAUAUGUAUUUUACCAUGUGAAGAAAAGAAAACCUCCUUGUAGGACACAUUGUGGAACAUAACAGAAAAUAUAUCAAACAGCUCUGAGCUCCUACAUUGAUAAACGCCGUACCUGGGGUGACUGGCG